UCUCUUCUUGCACUGACUUUUGUGGGCCAGCUCAUGAUCUCAGGAUGUACGAAAAAAUAAUAAUUGGAUCACUAUUGUUAGGUUGUAUUUCUAUAUCAUCUGUCUCCCCCACCACUCCUAACGGAGCUACUACUCAAGUCACCACUACUCAAAAAAGUUUGUAUCCCAGGGAGUUCAAACCUACUGCUACGGAACAUCUAGUAACCAUUACGCCACUAACGGAAACCUCAGCUACUAGAAAAAAAACCAACGAUGGAUGGAAAAAAGGAGGUCGAAUAAGCCAUGUUUUCUCAGAACCAGUUAUAAUAACCAUUGUUUUGGCGGUGAUAGCUGGUAUUGUUGGAUUUAUACUCCUUGUUGUUUACUUUAUUCGUCUCCUGACUAAGAAAAGUUCACUUGACAUGCAACCUACAUUCUCAAAUGACGCAGAUGAUUCUUUAACUUCUGUAGAAGCAGGAAAUCCAGAAAGUAAUCAAUGAGAAUCUGCUCACCAAACCAAAAUUUGGAAGAACUAAAAGACACAAAACUUCUGUCAAGUGAAAAAUUAACAUGUAAAUUGGACACACAAAUAAAUUGUAUACCUUCUUAAAUUGUACAAUUUCAGGAUGAAAAUUUCAUCAUAAUGAGUCCAGUGGUUCAAUGAUGGAAAAUGUCACUACUCAUUAAUAUUUCAAAAUGAAGAACAAAUGUUUCUUUUUAUGCUUGCUUUUGUGUUAGUAUAAUUUUUAUAGUUAUUUGAUGUGGAAUUCUGAUCCAAAACUUUAGUAGGCAUCAUUCGCAGUUUUUAAAGGCUAACUUAUUUUAUUCUAGUAUUGUAUUUUAGUGAUUGUACUGUCAGAUGAAAAGGCUUGUAACAUAAUAGAUGAAAUCUAAGUUCUUCUCAUCCUUAUCUCCUGAGUCUAUUUUCAUUGUUUUAAAUAAAUUGAGGGGACUCUGAAAUCCUAUCAUUUCCUUCAUUGAUGAAUCAGCACGAUAUGGUAUUACAUUAAUAAUGAUGAUAUUUUAGUCAUACUGAUGAAGCUUGUACUUGGGAAAUGCCUUGCACACAUAUAUACAUAUACACAUACAUACACAUAUGCACAUAUACAUAGAAUAGACAUAUAAAAUGACACUCACAUUCACCAUUUAAUGCAUACAUCAAUGUAAAAAAUUUUCCCACUGAAAAAAGGGAGAUGUUACAUAUGUGUAAAUGGCUCAUUUAAAAUAGUUUGCCUUACAGUACAGCAUUAACUUCAUCUGGCCACUGACUGAUGCUUUGUGUUCCACUGGAAGAGUUAUUUACAGAAAUAAUCAGAAUAACCUGAGCAAAAAAAACAUCAAUGGCUUUUCCCUCCAAAAGAAACUUAACUUUGUAAAUGCAACAUGAUGUGCAAAUUUGACAUGCAGGUGAAUAUUUUAAUAGGUCACCAUUAAAUUCUUAAAGUUGUCAAUUAAAUUCUUUAAUCCAUCCAGUCCUAGUGUCUCUUAUUAAUGAAGCUUUGGAAAUUGGUUUAAAUAAUCUAAAAGAAAUUUCUAGAUAUGAGAUUAGGGGUUUCUGACUAUACAGAUGUCACUCAUUUACAGUGAAACUUAAAAAGCAAUAUAAAAACAAAGAAGCACCUUCCUGUGAUAUUCUAUGUCCACAUUAAUAAAAAUCCAUAUGGCUUCCCAUUGCUGUGUGAUAAUUAAGUGAAUAUUAUGCACAUAUUUUGGUCUGGCAACUUAAAUUUAUUUUUUUAAUAAAUUAAAAAAUGUAUGUUUUUUAUGUUCAGAGAAUGUUCUUAUACUAAAUCGACUAUUUAAAAUAAAGAAUAAAAACAGUACA